AUGGCGGUGGCGACGACUGCUCGGUCGUGGCUCCUGCUGCUGCUCCUGGCCGCCGUCUCGGCGGCCGCGGCGUCGUCCGGGAAGAAGCAUCAGCACGAGAGAUGGAGGGUGAGCGGCGCCGUGGGCGGCCAGGUGGUGGAGAAGGAGAGGCGGCGUGCGGUGGCGGAGAGCGAGGCCGGCUCGGUCACGGCCGUGGACGUCGCCGACGCGGCGGGCACGGCGUACCGGCUGCACUUCAUCACCAUGGACCCCGGGGCGCUGUUUCUGCCCGUGCAGCUGCAUGCCGACAUGGUGUUCUACGUUCACAGCGGUCGGGGUAAGGUGACUUUCAUAGAAGAAGAGAGCAGCGAACAGAGUUCCCUUGAGGUGGAGCGAGGAGUCGUUUACAACUUUGAGCAGGGGAGCAUCUUGUACAUCCAGAGCUACCCCAACGCCAGGAGACAGCGUCUUCGGAUCUAUGCCAUCUUCACCAGCGAAGGCAUCAACGCCGAUGAUCCCUCGAAGCCCAAGGUGGAAGCUUAUUCCAGCGUCAGUAAUCUUGUCAAAGGGUUCGAGACUGAUGUUCUUCGCCAAGGAUUUGGGGUCAAACCAGAGGUGGUAGAAGCGAUCAAAUCUGCGCCGACCCCGCCACAAAUUAUAGCCUACAACCCAGAGGAGAAGGGGGACGAGAAACCCAGCUGGACUGAGGACAUCGUUGACGCGCUCUUGGGAGUGCGCGAUCCGGAGGAGUUCCUGAACAAGAAGAAGAAGAAGGACAAGGACAAGCACAAGGGCAAGGACAAGGACAAGAAAUCCAAGAGCAAGGCGUUCAACUUCUACUCCGGCAAGCCAGACGUCGAGAACUGCUACGGGUGGAGCCGGACGAUGACCAACAAGGACCUCGACGCCCUGCACGGAUCCAACAUUGGCAUGUUCAUGGUGAACCUGACCACGGGUUCGAUGAUGGGGCCUCACUGGAACCCCAAGGCGACGGAGAUCGCCAUCGUGACGGACGGCUCAGGGAUCGUGCAGACGGUGUGCCCGAGCAGCACCCCGUCGGGCGGAACCAGGAAAGGGCACCACGGGCACAAGCGGCGCGGCGGGCCAGGAGGCCGCGGCGACGAGGACGAAGACGAAGGCGGCCGCUCGCGGUGGCAGUGCAGGAACUCGGUGUUCCGCGUGAAGGAAGGAGACGUCUUCGUGGUGCCGCGGUUCCACCCGAUGGCGCAGACGUCGUUCAACAACGACUCGUUCGUGUUCGUCGGGUUCAGCACCCACAUGGGGCAGAACCACCCACAGUUCCUGGCCGGGAAGGGGUCCGUGCUGCAGGCCAUCGGCAAGAAGGUGCUGUCGCUGGCGCUGGGGCAGCCCAACUCGACCGCCGUGGACAAGCUGCUGUCCGCGCAGCGCGACUCGACGAUACUGUCGUGCAUUUCGUGCGCCGAGGAGCUGGAGGAGAAGGCAGCGAAGGAGGAGAAGAAGCGACGGGAGGAGGAGGAAGAGAGGAGGCAACGGGAGCAAAAGGAGAGGAAGGAACGGGAGGAGGAAGAGAGGAGGGAACGGGAGGAAAAGGAGAGGAAAGAACGGGAGGAGAAGGAGAGGAAGGAACGGGAGGAAGAAGAGAGGAGAGAGCGGGAGAAGGAGAGGGAACGGGAGGAGGAGGAGGAGGAGAGGAAGAAACGGGAGGAAGAAGAGCGGAGGGAGGAGGAAGAGGAGCGAGCCAGGAAGGAGCAGGAGAAGCAGCGGAGGAGAGAGGAAGAAGAGAAGGCAAGGAGAGAGCAAGAAGAGGAAGAGAGGGCGAGGAGGAAGGAGGAAGAAAGAGAAAGGGAAGAGGAAGAACGGCGGAGGGAGGAGGAAGAACGUGGAGGCGGACGUGGAGACGAAGACGAGCCAGAGAGGGAAGAGGGAGAGGGAGGUGACGAGCCGCCGUAUCGCUUGUCCAAGAAACUGAACAAACGCUACCGUGCUGGUAUGUUCAGGAGUGGCUGA